AUGGAGCUAUCGCAAGAUUCCGAUAUCUGGAACCCGGCGCGCCUUAGGACACCUUCAGUCGAUUACCGCGCAGAUAAGCCGCCUAAUCGACUCUUUGUGUGUCGUGAUCCCCUCGCCUUCGUGCUCUUUGUGUGGCUGUCCGUCUUUCUCCGUGCGUGCGGUGCCUUGCGAAAGGCACUCGAGAAAUUUGCUUGUCUUCCGUCAAUUCGCCUCACGGCCGCCACCAUGGCGGCCACGGUCAAGGUAUUUCUGUGUUUUGUGGCUGAAGAGAAUGACGACUCCUUCGCCACCAAAGUGUGUCCCGUGGGUGAUUUGGGCUCGUAUAUCGGCAAAUUGCAGGAUAUGCUUUCUUACGGUGAGUACCAGCGCCAGCUGCUCGCAGGGUCUUGGACUGCACGUUGGCUCGUGGUCGGAGGUUUGAGAUGUGAGUACCCUGAGUACAAGUGGAAAGGUGUGAGUUGAUAGUGCUGUGACAAACAGAUAUAGCUGCGUUCGUGAGUAUAUACAUUACCUAGUAAUAGAAUUUUACUUCAAGAAUUGGACGAAGAUC